AUGCGCGACUCGGGGAUCGACGAUGAUGCGAUGCUGGUAGACGGUUCAGCACCUCGUCCUCUGCGAGACCAUGGCGACAUCAUCGCAGCUGGCUACGUGGAUAACUUCGCCACCGUCUCACUCAGUCCAGAAGUUGCCACCGCUUCGUGCCGGGCCAUUCGAGACGUGCUGGUUGCGAGGGGCUUACCUGUAGAAGAGUUCGCCCCCGCGGCGCAGCGCGUCACCUUCGCUGGCCUCGACAUCUUGGGCGACGUCGGCGUCAUCAGGUGCAAGGUGGACCGGUUGUCUCGGUUGCGCCAGGCCCUGCUUGGGCUACUCAGACGUGGCUUCGCAUCUCCGCUUGCGUUGUCCGCCGUGGUCGGGCACUGCACCUGGGGGAUGAUCACCAACAGGCCCAUGCUCUCCAUCUUCCACGCAGUCUACCGCUUCAUGGGUCAGGACUCGCGUCGGGCUUUGCCGCUGUGGCCGUCAGUCGUCUCUGAGCUCCGUGCCGCUGCUUCCCUCAUCCCGUUGUGGUGGGCUGAUGUCAGGGCAGAGUGGGCGGCCACCACCUUUUGCAGCGACGCCUCUCCAUACGGCAUUGGCGUGUGUCGCAAGUUCGUGGAACAGGAGGUCGUUGCUGCCGCAGGUCGACUGUCUGAGAAAUGGCGCUACCGCUUCUCCGAUGCCGUGCACGCCCGCGCCCACGCUCUGGGAGUCGACCCGAACGUCGUGUUGGAAGCUGCCGUGAGCAAAAGAGGCCUCAAAGACUGCGAGCAGUGCCCGAGGCCUCCCGAGGCCCAAAGCAAGCCCUCGCCCACCGCGUCAUCAUCACCUCGAGGGCUCGACGAGAUUUCGCUGGACGGCUUCGACGAGGUUCCCGACUCGAUCACGGCUUCCGACGGCUGGUCUACGAUAUAUAGCGCACGGCAUUCGAGGUUCGGUUUGGACAUCAUGCGAUACGAGGCGGAGGGCUUCGCGAUCCACUACGACGCCUCUGUGCUCUGUCCGCAGCUUCUGGCAUUCGCCACGCUGUGCGAUGGAUCCCUAGCGAGAGCAAUGCCGCAGACUCGCCGUCGAGGACAGGUCUCUUUGUCGGGCCGACCUUCGAGGAGCACCAAGCGGGUGCACCCCGAGUUUCGGCGCCAGCGAGCCACGACCGUGACGGAGCAGAGGACCAAUACGCAUCCAGGACCACAACGGCUCGGGCGGGGUGCGCUCUCGGUCCUCGAGUCAGCUGCCGUGUCGGACACAACCAUGGCCAACUACUGGGGCGCCGCCAAGAAGUUCGAGGAGUGGUGCCGCUGGACGUCCCAGACCUUCACCACGGCGGCGGAGGUCGAUGUCAUCCUAGUUACCUACUUCGUGAACCUCUUUCUGGACGGAUUCGACAGUGCUACGGGCCGAGUCCUGCUCGCCUCCUUGAAGCACUACCUGCCUUCGAUCCUGGUGGGCAGGACGCCGUGCCCGCGUGCAGCUCGCGCCUUGACAGGCUGGCGGAAGCUCGUGCCCCCGCAGAUGCGACUACCCCUUCCACGGGCGGCGAUGGCCUCCAUCGUGGGCGUCCUCAUCUCGUGGAAGCUCUUCGGCAUGGCAGUGUUCGUCAGGCUGAUGUUCGACACCUACCUGAGGCCCAGCGAGGCCUAUCGGCUAACAGCGGGCAGCGUUAUUCGACCAAGACCCGAUGCCGCCCGCGGGUACGGACAUUGGGCCCUGAUCGUCAACGACGCCUGCCUCGAUCGUCCUGGGAAGACAGGGGAGAUGGACGAGAGCGCGAUCGUCGACAACCCGACGCUCUGGCCCCUUCUCGACGCGCUGGUGCUGGGCAAGAAGACGAGCGACGGCCUCUGGACCUUCGCCCCCGACGAGGUGCGGAGCAUGUUCCGUCGCGCUGCCGCUGCGCUCGGGUUGGAAGCCGAGAUGACGCUCUACUCCCUUCGGCAUGGGGGUGCGUCCGACGACCUCCUGUCUCUCCGACGCACCAGGAAGGAGGUCAAGGACCGCGGCCGAUGGAGGACGGACCAGAGCCUCCUCCGCUAUGCCAAGAGGGCUCGUAUGCAGCAGCGGAUCGCCUCCCUAGGCCAGAACCUGAUCGACUUCGGGCACGCGGUCGACUCGCAGAUGAACGAUCUCAUUCUGCAGACCACCUCCUCAGGCGUCUUCCCGCUGCAAGUGCCGCUUGCC